GCUAUACCUGUGGCCGCGAAUGUGGCAGCGUGACGGUUUAUUGCGGGAGCGACGAGAGGGUGUCACCGUGCUGGAUGCGCGGAAGCGUAAUCGGGCAAGGGUCGUUUGGGCGGGUGCAUCACGCAUUUGACAGACGAUCACGCGCCGAGUUUGCCGUGAAGACAGUCAGGAUUCCACCGGAGGCCGUUCGCGAUCCAGCGAGUUUGGUGGCGCAUAUGUCGAUGGCCAAGCUCCGUGCACUGGAGAACGAGAUCACCAUUCUAAGGCGGCUGGGUCCGUCUGCUUCCGUGGUGCAGUACCUUGGGGACGACUGGACAGUCGCCCAGGACGGGUACAUGAUGCGCAACCUGUUCCUCGAGCUUGCGAACGGGGGAAGCCUGGCGGACUUCUCGAAGCGCUUCGGCGGAAAGCUGGACGAGUCCAUGAUCCGGCGAUGUUGCCGAGGGAUCUUGCGCGGAUUGCAGCACGCGCACUCCCGAGGAGUGGUGCAUCGGGACGUCAAAGGUCAGAACGUCUUGGUGAUGGUCGACGAGGAGGGUGGGGUAACCGCCAAGCUGUCUGACUUCGGGUCUUCAUGUUGCGUCUGCGGGGACCCUGGUGCUGACGUCGACUGUCUAUCGCAGGAUUCGUCCAUUCCGAUGGAGGACGUAUCGCAGGAGAAGGCAGCCGCUUGCACACUGCAAUCCAUACCCCUCGCGGGCACCAUUCAGUGGAUGGCUCCCGAGGUAGCCUUCCAGAGCGACACGCUGGAAGGGGCUGCGGACAUUUGGUCGUUAGGAUGCACGGUUAUCGAGAUGGCAACCGGCAGAGCGCCGUGGGAGGACGUGGAGGGCACCAUGUCAACGCUGUUUCGCAUCGCGUGCACCAACGAAGUCCCUGCUUUCCCGCGUCAUCUGUCAUCAGAGGCCAAAGACUUUCUCUCCAAGUGCCUGGUCCGAGAGCCUUUCCGCAGGUGGUCGGCUUCACAGCUCCUCGAGCACCCCUUCGUCGCCGAUGCUGGACACGUGGCAGUCGGUUCUGCGCUCUGCGGGAGAAGCUCUGCGGACGUGGCGCUCACCAACCACCAUCCUCUUUAUUUCCCGCUGGUUGCGGAUCGAGUCCAUGCGGAACGGUUGGUCUCGUCACCUUUGGACGGCGGAAAGGUCAAUGUGGUGAGGGGAGAUUCCGCCAGCGUCGGCGGGGAUCUGAGCUUUGCCCCCACCUCUGUCAUCGGAGAUCCAUCCCGCAGGUGGUCGGCUUCGCAGCUCCUUGAUGUCCCGGUCUUAUCCGAUGACGGAGAGGAAGAAGUCGCGCGUGCGCGCGGCGGAAGAAGCUCCGCCGCUGACCCCGUGGCGGGAAACUGGGACCCCGUUGGUUUCCCCUUGACCGCGGAACGAGCACCCGCGGAAGAGUUGGUCUCGCCCCCUUUGGGGGGUGGCAGUAGGGGGACUAUGGUGGAAGAAGAUCACGCCGAAGAAGGUGGUGAGAUGCGCUGGAGCCCUGGAAGAAAGGAAUUGACAUGCGCCUCACGUUUGCUCAAGGGUCACGAAGAAGAAGCCUCUCCUCGACUUGUGCUUGAUCUUCCCACGUCCUUUUGCUCCGAGGGAUGGCAGGACGCUGCAAGUCGCCCUGGGUCAGUCGCGUUUUCAUUUUGCCCGGGCGACCGAGCAACCGCACGGGAUGUCUUCGUCGAUGGCUUGGGAUGGGAACGCGGUCAUGGCGCUGACAAGGGGCUUCGAUCGAUCGAGGCAACGUUCUCGCAGCCGAUUACGCCCCAGGACAACCAGGAAGCGCCUGCCAGCGGACGCAUUAGGGGGCCGUGCGAUGGCGCGGCGGCAGAGGAGGAGGCCCCCGGGGGAGGUGGCCUGUCUCCACGUCGAUCCCUGGAACGUCGGUCGUGGAAAUGGGAAGUUUUACGAGACGUCAACGAUAAAUCAGGCGCUGGCGGUGAGGAGACACCAGCGUCGCAGAAGGCGGAAGGUAGAUUGUGGCCGCCAGCAGACCGUGGGUUGUCGCCGUGGGGUCGUUGCGGUGACUGGAUUCAGGUAGUCCGCUGCGGGAGGAAACAGGAGUGUAGAGUACUUAAUCAGUCGAAGGAGACGCCAGCUGCCCACGAGUCGCAGCGGCGAUAGAAGCUGCGGUUUGGCAUCGAUCAUCACCUUGAUGUGUUGCAACCGUGGUAAACGUUAC